GUCUAUUGCUACCUACGAAUUGUUCUCUGGCUCGAUUGCGCCACCCGGGAUUUGUCCGGACUCAAGCAUAUAGACGCCUGGAUUGUCUUCUCAGAGCGAGGCGAGGCACUGGGACAUCAUCAUUCACCAUGGCAUCUCGGUCGGUCUCCCCUGGAGGAGCCCUCCUCAGGGCAUCCCGAAUGUUUUCGGUCCCAGCGCCAAUACAGCGCCCGCCUUCGGAGAUGGCUUCGAACGCAACCUUCGGUUCAGAUAGCGCUACCCUCCCUCACCCGACCCAUCUCUCAAUCAGCACACCCUCGUCAUCCCUCUCUAAGGGUGAUUGGGGUUUCAAGCGCAAUCUGCCUCUCCGCUCCACGACAAAGACCUCGACUCCAGUUAUCCGCAUCAGCUCUGUCGAUACCUACGAUCAUAUCACUGAGUUUGGAUCUGCGGCUGAUCACACCCUCACCCUCCGCAAAUGGCAGGAGCUGAACAUGCCUCUAACGGCACCUUCAGUUGCAACUGCGGGCACUUACGGCCCAGCCAGCAGGACACCAGGACGCGGCAUCUUUGAAGCGGAUACGGAUAUCACAGCAACAGGGGGCGACAUAGCGAAUAAGGACCACCGGUGGAAAUUUGACGGGCCGUGGUUGGCAGGACAAACAGAGGGCGAGUUCAACGAAUACGUGAGAACGGAUGUUGCCAAGAGGAGACCAGCUUUCCGCAAGUUUCUGCAGAACUACAAAGCCGACCAGGACACCAAGGAUGCUCAGCGAAAGGCUAUGGAGGCUGGGGCGGAGGCACCCGAGCCACUUAAGGCAACCGAAAUGACAGAGGAGGAAAUGACACAGUAUCUGCGCACGUUGAGACAGGGUCGCUCCGAGCUAUUCAGACUUAUCAAAGACUUCUUGGACCUCCCUCCAUCCCCAUCAGUCAACGAUGAUUACGGAAGCGUCGCAGAGAGCCUGUUCACGGACAUGACGUCGGGAUCACUGUUUGGGAAAACCGUGAAGGCCGAGGAUUACAUCCAGAAGUCCAGCUCCCCGUACGCCAACACCGGCCCGCCAAAGACUCAUCCCUCCGCAGGCCUCUCGUACCUGAGGACUGGUGCGCAUAUCACCAACCAUCCUGUCUAUGGACCUCAGCACGACCAUGCACCUGUACAAGGGCGUGUUAUUCUCCCCAAGAACGCAGCCGUGGGAAGCUUUGCACCGAAACUCGGUGUGGCAGGUAUUGUUGUCGAUGUUCCAACGACUUCGGACUACUUCAAUACCUCGACAUUUGGCCACGGCCGCAGAAAGACCAACGCGGAUAGACUCCCAGGACUCCUUAACAUCGAACCCGAGAAGGUUGGAGGCUCCAAGGUCUACCUUAGCCCCAAAUCCGCCACCAUUGACCCCAAGGGUCGCAUUAAUCUCCAAGUCUCUGGGGCUCAGAACGCUGCUGUUGCAGUCCUGGAGGGGACAGCUUCUACAGCAGCAGCGCAAAGCCCAGUUGAUGGCGGAAGACCAGCCACUCAGACGAUAUUCCGCCAGCUAUCUGGCGCUUCGUCCAGGGGUUACGGAUUGAGUUCAGAGGCCGAUAAUGCAUUUGGCGAUAGGGCGGGUGAUGUCGAGAGUGAGCGAUGGUCCCAAUCCACGCCAAGGUCGAAUGAGAGGAGAAGCGGAAAGGCGGAGUUUGAGCAACUGGAAUCUCUCUUGGCUGGCAAACCACAGCAGAAAUAGGAUACUGGGGUAGAGAUGUACGUUAUUGGAAGCACGAUAUGUAGACUAAAUGUAGAUAUAACUUUGAAUUGCGUUAUGACCA